AUGGCAGGCGCGACCGACGAGAACGUGACAUCUGUACGGCCACUCAGCGACAUGACGUCCUUCCCGAAUCCGACCUUCCUCGACACCGAUCCAUAUCCCACCGCCCUCGGUGCAGACGGCCGACCCACCUCCUCGGCGACGAGCACGACAUCCGAAUUUGGAGUCGACGACUAUGCAUCUGCACGAGAGCGGCAGAGUAAUAUCGCUUCGACGACAGGGCCGGUGGGUGAGCCUGGAUUGCCACCCUCGCGACCAGCGAGCAUGAGCACCAAUAUGGAUGGGUCGCAGAAAGGAUCGGCGCGCAUGCAGCCCCCGAGUAGUAGAAGAGGUUUGGCAGCAUUUGCAGCGCGGAGUGGAGGAAGCCUGCGAAACAGUGGUGAUGCUGCGCCGCCCGACAGUAGGCCAGGCUCGCCGAUGAGUAAGACACAUGUGCCGUCCCUAGCAGCCCAAGGCUUCAACAAGCCCAUGAGCAGUCAGCAACUUCAGGCGCAGCGAGGCGGACCGCGGCUUCCCAGUGCGUUAGCUCAGCAGGUUCGGAAUCGCAGGAGUGAAGACAGCAUGCAUAGGCACCGGUAUAGUAAUGCCUCUGUAAACACAAUGCGGGACGGCCUUCCAGCUACCACGGAUGGGGAUGCGCCACCCUUGCCUACAAGUAGAGGCACUAUGUUCACCAACGACGGCACACAGCCUGAAACCCAACCAGCAAUGAGCGUUGUCAGCAACAACAGCACAGUACCACUACGAGCUCGGCAGAAUCCGAAUGAUCUGAUGGUCAAGACCAAUGCGCAACGGAGUAGCAACAACUCUCUACAGCAGGCACCUCAAAAGUCGCCAAGGUCCUUACGAGCUUCUCUAGGCUUGGGAUCUGCGCGCGAAAGUGCGACCAACCACGAGAGACGCCCAUCUCCGGCCCACGAGGUGCUGCACUCUGAUCCUUCUUCUCCAAACGAGACAGAUGAGAAAAGGUUGCCAAACAGUGUGCAUCCAUCUGCACCUCAAGGACAGGGCAGAAACUACGAGUACUUUGCUGGAAACAUGCUCUUCUUCUUAGCCGGACGAUGUCUAAACACUCGAGCUAAGCCGUUGAAUGUCGCCACAUUCGUCCUCACCGCACUACCAGCAGCAUUGUUCUUUGGCUGCUCCGCACCCUGGCUCUGGCAUAAUGUCUCACCCGCCAUCCCGAUAUUCUUCGCAUACUUCUUCUACAUCACAAUCUCAUCCUUCCUCCACGCCGCAUUCUCAGAUCCCGGCAUAUUACCACGGAACCUCCAUCCACACCCACCCAACCCCGAAGAGGAUAGAGACCCUUUGACGGUGGGCCCACCAACAACAGAAUGGGUCAUGGUCAAAACCUUCCCAUCGAAACGAACACCUGGCGCGCAAGCCUCUCCCGACGAAGCGCAGCAGGGUUCUACCACAGCCAUGGAAGUACCCACCAAGUAUUGCAAGAGCUGUGCCGUCUGGCGCCCACCCCGCGCCCACCACUGCCGAAUCUGCGAUGCCUGCGUCGAAACUCAGGAUCACCACUGCGUCUGGCUGAACAAUUGCGUCGGUCGACGAAAUUACCGCUACUUCUUCUCCUACGUCUCCUUCGCCUCCAUCCUGACCCUCAUGCUAUUAGCCUUCAGCAUCACACACAUAUCCUCCUACGCCAAACAUAACAAUCUCAGCUUCGGCCAAAGCCUAUCCGGUCGAUCACAGGAACGAGUAGCCUUCGCCAUGCUCCUCUACAGCAUCCUCGCCCUCCCCUACCCAGGCAGUCUCUUCGCCUAUCACUGCUUCCUCAUGGCGCGCGGCGAAACAACGCGAGAAUACCUCAACUCGCACAAAUUCCUCCCCAAAGACCGACACCGACCAUUCACGCAGAGCUCCUGGUUGCGAAACUGGGCGGCUGUGCUAUUGCGGCCGAGACCACCGACGUAUAUGCAGUUCAAGCGGCGGUAUCAGCAAGGUGAUAUUAGGUUUGGGUAUACGGAGCCCAAGAAGGCGAGGAUGAGGGAUUUGAAGAAGAGGUAUUCGGUGGGCAAGGGGAUGAAUGGGAAGGCAGCUGUGGAAGGAGGGGAGAAGCAUGAGAUGCAGAAUUUGCCCAAGUCGCCUCCGAAGCCGCAAGCGAGGGGUGCCGGUGGUAGUGGUGAUGUGCCGGCAGCAGGUGGUGGAGGAGUGGGUGUGAACAGUACGCCGUGGUGA